AUGACAUACUGCGAGAAUUGUAAAGUUUUAAAAGGUCUUCGAAACGAAAAUAAAAAUCUUAUUGAUGAAAUUGCUAAUAAAAUAACACAAGUUGAUCAAGAAUAUUCCAAUACUCAAGAAGAAAUUAGAAAAGUACAAAUAGAAAUACGUGAUAUCCGGCUUGAUAAACUUCAAAACGAACCAUUACCACCAUUACCGAAAAAACAAUUUCCUACUGAUGAAAUAAUUCCUAUUGUUCGUAACGUACCAAAAAAACCUCAAGUGCCCCGUCCAACCAAAACUUAUCAUCCGCAGGUACCUCCGGUUUUUUUUGGCAAUAUACCAAAUAAUGUAUCAGAAAAUGAUCUUAGAGCUGAAAUUGAAAAGAAAUUUGGAAAAAUUCUGGCAAUAUCGUUAUUCCGUAGAGAAGAAACAGCUAUUGUGAAUUUUGCAGAUAUGGAAUCUUAUUUUGAAGCUAUUGAAACUCGAGUAUUUGGUUUUCGCAGAAUUAAUUUAUCGAUUAAACAAUAA